UCCAUGUGUCAAAUUUGUUUGUAAAUAAAUUCGCGGAUUUUUGAACUUUCCCUCUUAUAUUCUCGCAUUUCUUUUGAAAUUUAUAUUUCUUCAACCGUUUAAAUUUUGUUCAUUUGAUGUCUGCAAAUGCUAAAGUUAUUCGUAGCUGUAUAUUGCGCAGUAGAAAUUACAAAUACCGAGAUGUCUUUCUUCCAGAUAAAACUCCUACCAUUGUUGGCAGAGGCCUGCAAACUAAAAUUCGGGAACGAAGAUGCUCAAAAGCCCAAAUUCAAAUAACUGCUGAUUAUAGUGAACAGAAAGCUUCAAUUCUUCAACUUGGACCCAAUCCAUCAGAAAUAGAAAAUAAAUUGGUUGCUGCUCAGGAACACAUUGAAGUUCCAAAUGGUGCUAGUGUUAAUCUGAUAAAAGAUGAUCUGAAAUAUACAGUCGAAUUUUUGGAUGAAGAUCAUGAUCAUUCUACGAGGCACAGACAUCAUCCAAGGCAUUCAUCUCAUAAUUCCAACAAAAAGCUAAAAGUGGAUGAGGCUCCCAAUGCUUCGUUAGUAGAAUCGGCAUCUUCAGCCUCGGGUGACGGAAGUGCUGAUUGUCAACCAGAUGAAUCUGCAGCCAAAUCAAUAGCUGAAGAUGAAUCAUCUGAUGAUGAACUGCAGCGGCAGAAAGAAAUUGAAGCAAAACUUGAAGGUUUGCGCAAAACUGUUGUAGAUGACUUUCAAGCGUUAUCAACCACAGACACUUGGGAAGAAUAUGAUCAUAGUAAAAUAUUAAUUUUUACUCCAGCUUACAUGAAAGGAGCAGAAAAGGUGGCAGCUUUUGAUUUAGAUCACACAAUCAUCACAACUAAAACUGGAAAAGUUUUCCCUACAGAUACAAAUGAUUGGAGGAUUAUGUUUCCUGAAACCCCUGGAAAAUUGAAAAAAUUAGCAUCGGAUGGUUAUAAAAUUGUGUUUUUUACAAAUCAGAAAGGUAUUUCAAGGGGGAAAACCUCUGCACCAGAUUUCAAGAAGAAGGUUGAAAGGAUCAUUCAGAGACUGGGCAUUCCGAUCCAAGCUUUGGUUUCAACUGGUCACGGGAAGUACAGGAAGCCCAAUACUGGAAUGUGGGAUUAUUUUGUUCAAAAAUGCAACCAAAAUGUGCCAGUGGAUCUUGACUCUUGCGUUUAUGUCGGUGAUGCUGCUGGGAGACCAGAAAAAUGGGCACCCAAGAAGAAAAAAGACUUUUCUUGUGCAGACAGAUUGUUUGCACUAAAUGUUGGAAUAAAAUUUUUCACUCCUGAAGAAUUUUUUCUCGGUGAAAAGCCUGCUCCUUAUAAAAUGCCAAUUUUUGAUCCAAGGAACAUUGGAAAUGUGCCACUUGCUGUAAAAUGUGAACCUUUGCCUAAAACAGAAUUAUCAUCAGAAAGUAUAGCAGCAUCACAGUCUGAGGUGGUGGUGUUCGUUGGAUUUCCUGCUGCUGGAAAAUCUCAUUUUGCUUCAUUUUAUUUAAUUCCCAAUGGAUAUGUACAUAUUAAUCGUGACAGUUUAGGUUCUUGGCAGAAAUGCGUCUCAGAAUGCACAAAAGCCCUCUCUAAAGGACUGAAAGUAGUGAUCGAUAACACAAAUCCUGAUGUUGAAAGCAGAGCUAGAUACAUUGACUGUUCUAAAAAAUUCCGGGUUCCAUGUAGAUGCUUCCAUUUUGUAUGCUCUUUAGAACAAGCUCGACAUAAUAAUAUAUAUCGAGAGUUAUCAAAUCCAGAUGAAAAGCAUGUUGGGGUCAAUGACAUGGUUUUGAAUGGCUACAAGUCAAAGUUUAAAGAACCAACUCUGAGAGAAGGCUUCACUGAAAUUGUAAAUGUAAAUUUUGUUCCUAAGUUUAAAAACAAGCAUGAGGAAAAGUUAUUUAAGAGAUUUCUACUAGAAAAAUAGCUUUGUGAUGCAUUUGAAACAAUACUUUUGUAAAUA